AUGUUUCAUGUAAAGCAACUAACGAGAUCGUCAAUUGCUUUAAAGCAAGUACCAAGCAAUGACAUUAUUCAUAAUACAUUGAUACGUAUCGUACCAGCAUUUCAAGCACGCGGUUAUGCUGAUCAUCAAAUACCCGAUCAUUUAAAGGAUAUUCCUAAUGAUCCAAAUCCAAAAUUUUUCGAUAUGGUUGAAUACUUUUUUCACCGAGCUUGUCAGAUUGUGGAAGAUAAAUUGGUCGAGGAUAUUGGCAAACGUUCCAGGAUGAGUGUUGAAGAGAGAAAAAAAAAGGUGAAGGGUAUUUUAAUGUUAAUGGAACGAUGUGACCAUAUCCUCGAAACUUCCUUUCCUCUGAGACGCGAUUCAGGCGAUUAUGAAAUGAUCACUGGCUAUCGCGCGCAGCAUUCAACUCAUAGAACACCUUGUAAAGGAGGUAUUCGUUUUUCGAUGGAUGUCUCGCGAGACGAAGUAAAGGCUUUAUCGGCAUUAAUGACUUUCAAAUGUGCCUGUGUGGACGUUCCUUUUGGUGGAGCUAAAGCUGGUAUUAAGAUUAAUCCUAAAUUGUAUUCAGAACAUGAGCUCGAAAAAAUCACUAGAAGGUUCACAUUAGAGCUUGCAAAAAAAGGAUUUAUCGGACCUGGUGUCGAUGUUCCUGCCCCUGAUAUGGGGACUGGAGAACGCGAAAUGUCUUGGAUCGCGGACACAUAUGCCAAAACUAUAGGACAUUUGGAUAUUAACGCUCAUGCUUGUGUAACUGGAAAACCUAUUAAUCAAGGUGGAAUUCAUGGACGUAUUUCUGCGACAGGACGCGGUGUGUUUCACGGAUUAGAAAAUUUUAUCAAUGAAGCUAAUUAUAUGAGCAUGAUUGGUACAACACCCGGUUGGGGAGGGAAAACAUUCAUUGUACAAGGUUUUGGUAAUGUUGGUCUACAUUCGAUGCGUUAUUUACAUCGUGCUGGAGCUGCUUGUAUAGGAGUAAUCGAACAUGAUGGUGCUAUUUACAAUGCCGAAGGUAUUGACCCUAAGAAAUUGGAAGAUUACCGUAUAGAGAAUGGUACUAUCGUGGGCUUCCCUGGUGCUAAACCUUACGAAGGUGAAAAUCUUAUGUAUGAACCUUGCGAUAUAUUCAUACCUGCAGCUAUUGAGAAAGUUAUCAAUAAAGAUAAUGCUUCUCUUAUUCAGGCAAAAAUUAUAGCCGAAGCUGCCAACGGACCAACUACUCCAGCUGCCGAUAAAAUUUUAAUCGACCGAAAUAUUUUAGUCAUACCAGAUUUAUAUAUAAAUGCCGGUGGUGUUACAGUCUCAUUUUUCGAGUGGUUAAAAAAUUUGAAUCAUGUGUCGUAUGGUCGUCUAACUUUUAAAUACGAAAAAGAAUCAAAUUAUCACUUAUUAGAAUCUGUACAAGAAUCAUUGGAACGUAGAUUUGGUCGUGUGGGUGGUCGAAUUCCUGUUACACCUUCCGAAGCAUUUCAAAAACGCAUUUCUGGUGCUUCUGAAAAGGAUAUAGUUCAUUCUGGUUUGGAUUACACGAUGGAAAGAUCUGCGAGGGCAAUUAUGAAAACAGCUAUAAAAUUUAAUCUUGGUUUGGAUUUAAGGACAGCAGCUUAUGUUAAUUCAAUCGAAAAAAUAUUUACUACUUACUCCGAAGCUGGUCUUGCGUUUUAAAUAAGUAAAGUAUUUAUCAACACAAAGCAAAUCGCAUAAAUGGAACUUAAAAAGUUUCAAGCUAGUAUUUUAAAGACAUUUUUAAUAAUCACUUUCAACUGAUACUAUCCAGUGUCUCUCAGUGAUAAAGACCAAAACUAUUAUAGCAGUGGAAAUAUUUCGCGUACGUUGUCGCACGCUAAAUCUUUUUCGAACACAUAAUAAUAAUAAUAAUAAUAAUAGUAAUAAUAAUAAUAAUAAUAAUAAUAAUAAUAAUAAUAAUAAUAAUAAUAAUAAUAGUAAUAAUAGUAAUAAUAAAUUUGCCUAACAAGUGUUCCAUCGUACGGAUAAUAUAUUUAAUGCUUACGUCGAUCGCGUUAUUCGCGUCGCUAUAAUUGUUAUACAGUACAAGUUGCAUGAAAAAGUGUAUAAAUCGAACACUAAUGAAUUCGAUAUAUGAAAUAACGAAUUCAAUAUGCAAAAUAGCAAAUUCAAAACAAAAUAUUGUAAAACAGCAUAUUUUCCUUUGUAAAUUCAACGAAACCAACCAAACAAUAUAAUAACAAUAUAAUAUCACAUUUUUAUACAUCACUUUUAACCAAUAUCUCUGAAUAUUAUUUAAAAAGAUUGCACGACAAACGCUAAAUGAGUGAUAAAAAUUUGUAAAUUUUAAUUUAAUUGAAUAUACAGUUAUUUUUAAAUUAUCGCGAAGAAUGAUUUACCGAGAUCUUAUCUCUAUAAUCAAACCGAAAAACUGCGAUAUCUCGUAUAAUAUUGUUAUAAUACGAAUUAUGUUAAUAAAUAUAUGAUCUUAAUUAAUA